AUGUCACCAAGAAAGGGAGUUGGAAAGAGAUCAGGUGGAGGAAGAACCAUCAAGCUCUCAACUGAACCUCAAAGCAUUGCAGCUAGGCAAAGAAGACACAGGAUAAGUGAUAGAUUCAAGGUCCUCAAGAGCCUUGUGCCAGGUGGAAACAAGAUGGACACUGUCUCCAUGCUUGAAGAAGCCAUUCAUUAUGUUAAGUUCCUCAAAACCCAGAUCUCUCUUCAUCAAGCAGCUCUCAUGCCUCCUCCUCCUCCUUUUCCCUUCUCUUCCAGUGAUAUUACUAUGAAUGCUAGCCAUCUCUCCACUACCAUUGAUGCAUCACCAUUACCACCAUCUUCUUCUUCAUCAUCAUCAUCAUCUUCUUCACUUCUCCCCUAUCCUCCAUUCAUCUCAUUCAAAGGAGAAGCAGAGAUGCUGUCUUAUGUUGGUCUCAACUACUAA